AUCAAGACACACGAGGUUAGAAUUGCUAGAUGUAAUAACUACAAGAAUCUUUUUGAUGAGGUAAAGGAUACCAAUUCCAUCAAGAAUGCCAUUGAGGCGGGCAUCAGCUCACAUAUCAAUAACACCAGGAAAGAGGACAAGUUUCUGGCAAUCUCUGAUUUUAAAAAAGCCGACCACCUAAAUGACCACUUCUUUACGAUAGGCGGACAAAUUUCCCAUGAAUGGCCACCACUUUAUCAUGAUGGCGCUCCAAUCAGACCCGCACUAUCACAUCCACAAUUUCGAGUAUUAGUCUCACCGCAGAAAACAUUACUCAUGCCUUAGCAAAAUUAAAGUCCAAUACUUCUUGUAGUCCUAAUGAAGUCCCACCAAAAUUGUUCAAGCUGGCCAAUACAGCUAUUAUUCCUUCGUUGCUGUCUGUGUUUAAAGUAAGCGCUAACCGCAACGUUGUUCCUAGUUCCUACCAUGUGGAAAACAGCUGA